AUGUCUUCCAACCAGCAAACAAACAGCGCAGGUAACAACGAGGACAUGGAGUUUUUAGCUAUAACCGAGAACCUACGACGCGCAAUAAGAGAAAGAGCUUCACAGUUGACUGUUAGGCCAAAUGAGGAGUUUGAGAGGCGCCUUGGGGAAAUGGUCUCUCAUGGGACAAUUCCGCCUACGCGCGCUCUGCCCUUGACCGACCAGGGAGAGGUUCAGAGAUUAAUCCAGGAAGAAGUCCAGAGAUUAAUCCAGGAAGAAGUCCAGAGAUCAAUCCAGGAAGAAGUCCAGAGAUCCAUCCAGGGACAGUUGGACGAAUUCAGACCCCAAGCUUUGCCGUCAACCGUCCAGGGAGCGGCACAGAGAUCGACCCAGGGACAAUUAGACGAUCUUAAGUCGCGCAUGAUGGCUCCUUGGAUAUUUCCGGGGCCGCCCCGGCCUCCGCGAAACAUGUUUGGACUUUCGACCAGACAACUCGCUCUGCCGACGAUCCAGGGACAAGCUUCAGGACCUCAAGAUGCUCAGGGCCGUGUACAGGCACAACCUCAAGGGCAGGCUCCGUCAUCGCCUGAAGAGGAGGACGAUGAGGAGGAUGGGCGAAUUCGCCCCUUUUAA